GGAAACUAUUUGAUAUACAAUUUGACGACAUUCAAGAACCGUUCUUUGGUUUUAACCAUCUGUUUUUAUGUAUAUUCAAGGAAAAAACUCUAUUUUUUUAUUUCCUACAGUGGCAUUAAAAAAAUUGAAUUAACUUUUCAGCAUUAUUUUAAACGUGUCUGCCUCAUUAUGUAAUUUCUUUUUAUAUUGGUUAGUCUGUACAAAUAUGUAGACUUUAGUUUCAAAAAGUCUGUGGUCAUUUUUAUUGGAACUGAACAUGUCAUUGUUGGUUGUAGUUUAUAGCCUUAAAAACCCGUAUUUUUCAAAUUCUAGUAAUAGAUAAAACUGGGUCUUCUGAGAGUCUGCACCUUUGUUUUAAUUUGAAACUCUGUAGAGAAAUAAUUUAUUUUAAAGUCAUUUUUAUUUUUCUCUCUCUCUCUCUCUCUCUCUCUCUCUGUGUGUGAGUGUGUGUAACUUCAUGUAGUCAACAAAUGUUUCUGAGAGCCUAUAAAGCAACAGCUAUCAUUUUAGGAACUAAGGGUACAGCAAUGAGCAGACCUAGAUCAGGAGAGAUGGAUGAGUAACUGAGAAAUUACAAUACCCUGUGAUAAGCGCUAAGAUGGGGAAAAUACAGGAGCAUGUAGAAGUGCCACCUAAUGCAGACUUGGAGGGAUCAGGAAAGGUUUCCUGGAGGAAGUGAUGCUGAUGCUGAGGCAUUAGCCACAAGGCAAUCGUAUUUGGGGAAAAGACCUGAAGGGUAUACAGCUAUCCCAUGUAACAUGGUCUGCGGACAGUAAAGUCUUACUUUUUGGAAUGGCAAAUGGGGAAAUACACAUUUAUGAUAAUCAAGGAAAUUUUAUGAUAAAAAUGAAACUGAGUUGUUUGGUGAAUGUCACUGGAGCUAUCAGCAUUGCUGGGAUUCAUUGGUACCAUGGCACAGAAGGCUACGUGGAGCCUGAUUGCCCUUGCCUUGCUGUUUGCUUUGACAAUGGAAGAUGCCAAAUAAUGAGACAUGAGAAUGACCAAAAUCCCGUUUUGAUUGACACUGGCAUGUAUGUAGUAGGCAUCCAGUGGAACCACAUGGGCAGCGUGUUAGCUGUGGCGGGCUUCCAGAAGGCAGCCGUGCAGGACAAAGAUGUGAACGUUGUGCAGUUUUACACUCCGUUUGGUGAGCAUCUGGGUACUUUGAAAGUUCCUGGAAAGGAAAUAUCUGCACUAUCUUGGGAAGGAGGUGGACUGAAAAUUGCACUAGCUGUUGAUUCCUUUAUAUAUUUUGCAAACAUUCAACCUAAUUAUAAGUGGGGUUAUUGCUCAAAUACUGUAGUCUAUGCAUAUACCAGACCUGAUCGUCCAGAGUACUGUGUUGUCUUCUGGGAUACGAAAAACAAUGAAAAAUAUGUUAAAUAUGUGAAGGGUCUCAUUUCUAUUACUACCUGUGGAGAUUUCUGCAUUUUGGCUACAAAAGCUGAUGAAAAUCAUCCUCAGGAGGAGAACGAGAUGGAGACAUUUGGUGCAACGUUUGUACUAGUUCUUUGUAAUUCUAUUGGUACACCCUUGGAUCCCAAAUACAUUGAUAUUGUACCACUGUUUGUUGCAAUGACCAAAACCCAUGUGAUAGCAGCCUCGAAAGAAGCAUUUUAUAUCUGGCAAUAUCGUGUGGCAAAGAAGCUCACAGCAUUGGAAAUUAAUCAGAUCACACGGUCUCGAAAAGAAGGGAGAGAAAGAAUUUAUCAUGUUGAUGAUACCCCUUCUGGAUCAAUGGAUGGUGUGCUUGAUUAUAGUAAAACCAUUCAAGGCACAAGGGAUCCAAUUUGUGCCAUAACUGCAUCAGAUAAGAUAUUGAUUGUGGGUCGUGAAUCUGGCACCAUUCAGAGAUACAGUCUACCUAAUGUUGGUUUGAUUCAAAAAUAUUCCCUUAAUUGUCGAGCCUACCAGUUAUCCUUGAACUGCAACUCUAGCCGUCUUGCUAUCAUAGACAUCUCAGGAGUUCUGACUUUCUUUGACUUGGAUGCUCGAGUAACGGACAGUACAGGACAGCCAGUAGUUGGAGAGUUGUUAAAAUUGGAACGAAGAGAUGUCUGGGAUAUGAAGUGGGCCAAAGAUAAUCCUGAUUUGUUUGCAAUGAUGGAGAAGACAAGAAUGUAUGUUUUCAGAAACUUGGAUCCUGAGGAACCCAUUCAGACCUCUGGAUAUAUUUGUAAUUUUGAGGAUUUAGAAAUUAAAUCUGUUCUUUUGGAUGAGCUAUUAAAGGAUCCAGAACAUCCAAACAAGGAUUACCUAAUUAACUAUGAGAUUCGGUCUCUGAGAGAUAGCCGAGCACUGAUUGAGAAGGUUGGAAUUAAAGAUGCAUCUCAGUUCAUAGAGGACAAUCCACACCCCCGACUUUGGCGCCUACUGGCUGAAGCAGCUCUUCAGAAACUGGAUCUAUACACUGCAGAGCAAGCUUUUGUUCGCUGCAAAGAUUACCAAGGCAUUAAGUUUGUGAAGCGCUUGGGUAAACUACUGAGUGAGUCAAUGAAACAGGCUGAAGUUGUUGGCUACUUCGGCAGGUUUGAAGAGGCUGAAAGAACGUAUCUUGAGAUGGACAGAAGGGAUCUUGCUAUUGGCCUCCGGCUGAAACUGGGGGAUUGGUUUAGAGUACUCCAGCUCCUGAAAACUGGAUCUGGUGAUGCAGAUGACAGUCUCCUGGAACAAGCCAACAAUGCCAUUGGAGACUACUUUGCUGAUCGACAAAAGUGGUUGAAUGCUGUACAAUAUUAUGUACAAGGACGGAACCAGGAACGCUUAGCUGAAUGUUACUAUAUGUUAGAGGAUUAUGAGGGGUUAGAGAACCUUGCCAUUUCACUUCCAGAAAACCACAAGUUACUUCCAGAAAUAGCACAAAUGUUUGUCAGAGUUGGAAUGUGUGAACAAGCAGUGACUGCAUUUUUGAAAUGUAGUCAACCAAAGGCAGCGGUAGAUACCUGCGUACAUCUCAACCAAUGGAACAAAGCUGUUGAAUUGGCUAAAAAUCAUAAUAUGAAAGAAAUUGGAUCUCUGUUAGCUAGGUAUGCAUCUCAUUUACUGGAAAAGAAUAAAACUCUUGAUGCCAUAGAACUCUAUCGGAAAGCCAAUUACUUUUUUGAUGCUGCUAAACUGAUGUUUAAGAUUGCAGAUGAAGAGGCAAAGAAAGGAAGUAAACCUUUACGUGUCAAGAAGCUUUAUGUACUGUCAGCCUUACUUAUAGAGCAAUACCAUGAACAGAUGAAGAAUGCCCAGCGAGGAAAAGUUAAAGGAAAAAGUUCAGAGGUCACUUCUGCCUUGGCUGGUUUGCUGGAAGAAGAAGUUCUGUCUACAACAGAUCGUUUUACAGAUAAUGCAUGGAGAGGGGCAGAGGCUUACCACUUCUUUAUACUUGCACAGAGGCAGCUCUAUGAGGGAUAUGUGGACACUGCACUGAAGACAGCUCUUCACCUGAAAGACUAUGAAGACAUCAUCCCUCCUGUGGAGAUCUACUCUCUGCUAGCACUCUGCGCAUGCGCCAGCAGAGCCUUCGGGACUUGUUCAAAAGCUUUCAUUAAACUUAAAUCUUUAGAGACCCUCAGUUCAGAACAGAAACAGCAGUAUGAAGACCUUGCUUUAGAAAUCUUCACCAAACAUACUUCAAAAGAUAACAGAAAACCUGAAUUGGACAGCCUUAUGGAAGGUGGAGAAGGGAAACUGCCAAUAUGCGUUGCCACAGGAAGCCCAAUCACUGAGUAUCAAUUCUGGAUGUGCAGUAUAUGCAAGCACGGUGUCCUUGCUCAGGAAAUAAGCCACUACAGCUUCUGCCCCUUAUGCCAUAGUCCAGUGGGAUAAAGGAAUGAUAAACUGUAUAUAACUGUAAAAUAUAUAUAGCAUAUAUACGUGGCUAUACGCUGUAUAUGUAAUAAGGUUUAUUUCUGUGAGUUUUGUAUGAAAAUCAGCCUAUUAUUUAUAGUUGAAUUUUUGCACAAAAUAUAUGUUAAUAAAAUAAUUUUUAUGGCAAUACAACUGUGAAAUAAUAAGGCUGAUUUUCAUAUAAAUGUAUGAAAAUCAACCAUAUUUUCUCUCACCCUCUCUCUUUUGUCUGUCUUGUAUUUGGUUACAUGAUACCAUGGAAAUAUUCCAAAUACAUAUUUUUCUCACAGUGUCAAGGUAACUGAAUUCAUUAAAAAAUCUUGAAGGGAGUAGGGAGUGGGGGAAGCAUGGGAGUGGGGCAAAGUUGAAUUUAGAGAAUUUUUAUAACCCAUGUUACAAGGAAGUUAAACAAUUGUAAUAAUGAAAUGAGCUUUCUCUAUAGCCGUAUUUAAUUAAAUAAGUGUCAAAUGUCUUCUUUAUUAUAUUUUCAGAAGUGAGGUGAUGGCAUUUUAAGACAUUUUUUACAAUCUGAAUUGAUUCUAAUAGCCCUAUUCUAUUUUAAAACCUGUCCUUUUAGUCUCAUUCAAGAGGUGGCAUUUGGAAUUUACACUUUCAUAUGAUUGUGCAGAAAACUUGGCUCUAUUUAUAAUGAAAAUAACUUAAACAAAAAUAUCCAUUUUGUAGUUAUAGCUUCUGUUGAAACACUGUCACUAAGCUGGACCCUUCAUUUACACAAGUAUUGUUGAGGGAGUGAUUUUUUCUUGAUAUGCAUUUGUUUUCAUUUAUUAUUAAUUUGAAAGAUAAACAGUUGUGAUCCA